AUGCCUCCUAAGGGUGCCCCGACUCGUCUCAACCCGGUCCGUCUGCAGACCAUCCAGCACCUCCGCGUGCGUCGCCCAAACCAGCAUGAGCAGAACUCUUGCAUCACUGUCAUGUCGUCUGUUCUGAACUGCUGGGCUUCUUCCGGAUACAGCGCGGAGGGAUGUGCUGCUGUUGAGCAGCAGCUGCGAGCAUGCAUGGAUGCACCGAAAUCGAAGGGCACCAAGAAGAACACCAUCAACUACCACCUGAUGAGAAUGUUCCCCAAGGUUGCUGGACCCCGCAAGAAGAACGGUGUUCUGGGUUAA